AUGCACAGAGCCCGCGCCACGGCUGGCCGUCAAGACGAGCCAGCCUACUUGCGUAGUGAGACUCUCCGACUCCUAAAAGAGCAAGAGACGCCAACUGGUGGCUCCACCACCACUCUGUCGAGCCACCCGAAUCCAAGUGGCCUUCCAGUAUGCUUCAUCUGCACCCGACCAAUUUUGGGAGUUAUGGCUAGAGCCGCCGGCAAGAACCUUCACGGAGACUGUCUGUCGUGUGCCACGUGCGGAAAUUCGUUGAGAAAUGUUGGACACCAUUUUAUUGAGGACAAAUUCUACUGCGACAUCCAUGGCACCCAGAGAAAGGCCGGCGGACGGCCAGGCAUGGACCCCAAUAUUUUUGUCAAAUCGUCCCCAACAGCCGCCCAACCUGUGCACCUCCAAGACAGCCCCCGUGCCGCCUACCAUCCACAAAUCAACCGUCCACUUUCUGUGUCUCCAGCACCAUCUGCUGGCAGCAAAACGGUCACCACUCACUAUCACACACCAAAGACUCAGGGCAUUUUAAGCCCAGCUCAACGUGGUGUCCCAAACGCCGCCUUUGGCGCCGACCUCUCCAAAACUGUGUCCUAUGGCGCUGGAGGCGUGGGACCAGGAGGUACCCACUACGACCCGAACCGUUUGUCCCCUGCACCAUCCCAGUUCUCUCAGACGUCUAGAACCCAACAGGCGCCUCCACCGGUCCCAUCGAAUCCACCACCCGGUCAUGACACCUCUCGUGUCCCCGACUCCGUCAGAUCCGCCGUUUCACCACGUCGGAGUGGGCGUGUCCCACGUGGCCAUCAGUGGCCACCCCCACAGGCUCCGCCCACCAAUCGAUAUUGGCAAAUCGAUCCGGCGGAGGCGUUGAAAAAAGAAAAAUUAAAUUACGGGGAGGAUUUGGCAGCAUUGAUAAGAGAAGUGGAGCAAACUAAGGAAAAAGAGCCCCCGAAAAAAAUUAUAACCAAUAAAAAAGGGGCGGGUCGUAAUAACGCAAGAAGAGCAUCGAAUAUUAGUAAGGAGCAAGUCAAAGAGGCGUUCGAAGAGCACAGAAAGAAGGCCGAGCUUAAAAAAGAGGCGGAGCUUAAAAUCGAGCCGCCCAAAAUCCAAGACGGUAUACACUGGACCGUAAUCCAUAGUCCACGGUCGCCGAGCCCGGCGAAAGUGACGUCAGAGGCGGUCGAGGAGGCGAAUGGCGUGGUCAAACCGAUUCCGAGCUAUGCUACGCCAAAACCAAUCGCCAUUUCGAAAACGUCGAGUCCAAAACCGUUUCGGUCAGGGGAGGCGGUCGAGAAGCCGCAUUACUCGUCGGUGGGGUUGACCGCGGAUCGCUCGACCAAUUUAGACCGCCCCGACCGCCAAGACCGCGUAGACCGUCAGCAGGAUCGCUCGACCAACCUUAACCCGUCGAAUCACCAGGAUCGUGUGGACCAAACCGACCGUCCGGAGGAUCGUGUCUACCACACCGACCGCGCCGACCGCCAAGACCGUCAGCAAGAUCGUUCGACCAAUCUUGACCGCCCCGACCGCGCUGACCAUCUCGACCGUUUAGACCGUAAGCAAGACAACCUCGACCAUCUCGACCGCGCCGACCGCCAAGAGAGUCUCGCUCAUCAGCAAAAUGUUUCGACCAACCUAGACCGUCUGGACAUUCAGCAGGAUCGCCCGACCAAUCUAGACCGUCAGCAAGACCACUCCUACCACCUCGACCGCGCCGACCGCCUAGACCGUCAGCAGAGUCGUGUAGAGCAUCUAGACCGCGUCGACCGCACCGACCGCGCCGACCGUCAGCAAGAUCACUCGGCCAAUCUAGGCCGCGUCGACCGCCAGGAACGUUUAGACCUUACCGACCGUGAGGAUCGCCCUGACCGCCAACAAAAUCGUUCGACCAACCUUGACCGCCCCGACCGCCUCGACCGCCCUCCGCCCACCAUCGCCGCACCAAUCCCUCUCCCACGCUCCCCUCAGCACUCCCCUCUACAACAAUCCUCCUACAUCGUGCGUGCCUCCGACGCCAAUAUCACCACCUCCACCAAUCUCCAAACUACCGUAACCCGACAGUACACCGGACUAGCUCCACCCCAUCCAGACACCAUCGAUCAGAGCACCUCGCCGAUUCCAACGAUCCGGUUGAAUCGGAAAACGGUGCCUACUGUAGCAAUAAAUAAUGUUGCGACGUCGCCCGUAGAUCAUAACAAGUUAAUGGAUCAAGUGGGGAGACCGUCCCCUAGACCGUGGGUACCAAGUCCAGGAGUGAAAAUUCAUGAGCCAAAUGAGCCUUUUCGUGCCGAGACCACUUUAGGCUCCGCCCACAGUCAAGGGGUGAGAAAGGACCCAAAACACUUCAAAAAAGUGGAUUUCUCGAAAACCAGUCCUACAGUAAUCCCGGAAUGGAAAGAUUCCGCAGAUAUCAUCGAUGAAUCAGAUAUACUCACGGAAUGUUCAAAGGAAGAUGACAGUUUUCUUAAAGCGGCCACUUAUGAUGGUGAUGAGUCUGAAAUGAUUGAUAAUGAAGAUAUUGAUAUCGAGGAGGAGAUUCUGGAAGGUCUGGAAGGGGCGGAGCCUCUGAAAAUGAUUCGAGUCGUUGGGAAGGGGGAAGGAGGGGAGGCGGAGAAACAGUGGAGACAGCGAGCUAUGGAAUUGUUGGAUGACGAUGCGCAGACUGAAAGGGAUUUGAUGAUUGUGGCGGCGUUGAAUGAGAGAUUGCAAGGCCUUCGAGAAAUGGAAGACGACGAUCGUGUCCGUGCAAUCGAGUGCAUCGCCCGCCACCAAAGUGAGCUGGAGCAAACGCAAACCCAGCUGAGCACCCUACUCGAGUCCGCUAUUGUCUAUCUUCAAAAUUUGCGUCCGGCUGAAGACCCGCUUCUAGACACCCCCUCGUCCCCUAGUAUAGCUGGCGAUCGGGUUAUGGAGCUGCGGAAAAAAGUGUUGGAGGACUUGGAGCAACUUCCGAUCCUUGGCUCCGCGGCGCCACCGCCACCUCCAGAGCGCAAGGUUUUCCCAUUUCAAUCUUAUCAACCGUCUGAGAGGAGUACUGUAGGUUCUACCGAGCCCGUCACGCAGAGUUUGCAUGAUGUGCUUGAUGAGUUCUACUCGAUUCGGCGAAAACCAUCCGGUGUCACAGAUACUGCUGAGGACUCGCGGAACUUCUUGGCCGCCCGUCUUGGACAAGUCAUGAUUGAUGAUGAUGGAAAACAGGGCUCCUCCAACUACUCGAAGACGAGUUUCGAGCGAACGACCACCGAGAACCGUCCCCAGGGGGGCCUAGACCGUGCCGCCGGUGACUUCCGUGGUACCGGACAUCUGACGACAACGACUACGACGACUCAACAACAAAAUGGUGGACGUAUACCGUAUUGUGAGGCGUGUAAGAAUCAGAUUCGCGGCGCCUUCGUCCUCGCCACCGGAAAAUCUUGGUGCCCAGAGCACUUUGUCUGCGCCAACUCGUCGUGCCGUCGCCGUCUCCUCGAGUGCGGAUUCGUCGAGGAAGACGGUCAAAAAUUCUGUGAAUCGUGUUUCGAGCAACACAUCGCGCCUCGCUGCGCCAAAUGCUCCAAACCGAUCAUCUCGGACUGUCUGAAUGCUCUUCAGAAGAAAUGGCAUCCGACGUGUUUCACGUGUGCUCAUUGUCAGAAGCCGUUCGGGAACAGUGCGUUCUAUUUGGAGCAGGGACUACCGUACUGCGAGCAAGACUGGAACGCGUUGUUCACCACGAAGUGCGUCAGUUGCCGCUAUCCGAUUGAGGCGGGAGAUCGAUGGGUCGAGGCGUUGGGAAAUGCGUUCCAUUCGAAUUGUUUCACGUGUGCGCGCUGCAACCACAACUUGGAAGGCGAGAGCUUCUUCGCCAAAAAUGGACAACCAUUCUGCCGACUUCACGCUUAG